CAGGAUUAGUAUGCUAUGCUCAUUUCAGUUACAAGAUAAGUCACCUGUCAACAACUUGGAAGAAGAUUCGGUGAUUGUAUUGGGCCCGGAUGGUCACGUGGAUGAGUACGACUCCGAAGGGGUGCAUGAACAACAUAUCCCCUACUAUCAUGAUCGACUGACUCCUCUGGAAGAAUUUUUGGCAAGAGAAGAGCUUUUGAACGCUUGCAACCUGAAAGAUACCGAGUCAAACAGCUGCUAUUUGAUCCGGCCCGAGGUUGGUGUGGAGCCUCAUUAUUUGGCAAUGAUAGACAAAAGGAGACAACCUCCUACCAUGGAGCCUCAUGCUUUCACUCCUAUUGUCCAGUCUCAGGAGAAGAGGCAGAAGAAAGACAAGAUGCAAACGGAAGGCGAGGAGAGCAAGAGAAUGAGCAAUGGUGGGCGCGUUGAAAUGAACGGACAGGAUCCUUCCACCCCCCGAGUUCUUGGCGCUGGUGACUUGAUCUACUACGACGCACAUGUUCGCAUGCCGUCGUCAGCUCACUCUUCAUCUCUGGAUCAAAAGUCAAUGAAAGACGAUUCCUUUGUGAGGCGCGCAUCUGGAGAAAGCAAUGGAGGCGAGAAGAGGACACAAUCUGCCUCCAACGGGUGCAGGAGCUUCACCAUAGACUACCAUGCAGAUACUGUCAUGAAGAUAGAUGAGAAGAGGGGCAAAUCAGGAGGAGGAGGAGGAGGAGGAGGAGGAAGUGAAGAUUCUUCUGAGGGUGUCGAAGACGAAAGCAGCAGUUCCAGCACUG